CCUGACCCAGGCUUCGAACUCAUGACCUCUCGGUCAGUAGUGAUUUAUUGCAGCUGGUUACUAGCCAGCUGUGCCACAGCCCGGCCCUUGAAUAUUUGCCUUAUACCCAGUUUCCCCUAAAAUAAGACAUCCCCAGAAAAUAAGACCUAGUAGAGGUUUUGCUGAAUUGCUAAAUAUAAGGCCUCCCCUGAAAGUAAGACCUAGCAAAGCUUUUGUUUGGAAGCAUGCCCAAUGAACAGAACACCAGAGCAUGCAGGAUUGGUAAAUGAUGUCGGAAGCUGGAUUAUCACCGAAGAAGAACACAAAAUCCUGCAAGAGAUCUAAAACUUUAAAACGCCACACCAGCAUCUAUGCCUAUACAGAGCCACCUGACAGCAAUUCAGAUGAAGAUAAAGGAGAGGAAAAGGUCGACAGUAGUGACCCAGAGCAGAUCUUCCAGAACAUACAGUUCCAGAAGGAGAUCAUAGCCAACAUCCGUUGCAGACCGUGGCCCAUGAGGCAGAAACUCCGGGCACUCAGGCAAGCGAAAGAAAUUGUGUUGAAGUACGAAGGCCGCCUGACUCGGACAAGAGGCUACCAGGCAGCUGGAGCAGAGCUCUGGCGUAAAUUUGUUCGGCUUGCAUACAACUUCAUGGUCAUCUUUAUUCCUUGGGAAAUGAGAAUCAAGAAGAUCGAAAGCCAUUUUGGGUCCGGAGUCGCGUCUUACUUCAUUUUUCUGAGAUGGUUGUUUGGUAUCAAUAUUGUCCUCACCAUCAUGACGGGAGCCUUUGUCGUUUUACCGGAGAUCCUGGCUGGAGACCCUUUUGGAACCACGCCCAGCAAGCGCAUCCCGCCGGAUCAACUGAAAUCAGCACAAGACUUGGAUACCAUCUGGUCUUUGGGGGGUUAUCUUCAGUACUCCGUUCUAUUCUACGGCUACUACGGCCAGGCACGAAAGAUUGGAACGGCUGGCUAUCGACUGCCACUUGCAUACUUCCUUGUCGGGAUGGCUGUCUUCGCAUACAGUUUCAUCAUCCUUUUAAAGAAGAUGGCUAAAAAUUCAAGAAUGAGCCUUGCAAGUGCUUCUGAUGAAAACUACACAUUUUGCUGGCGAGUGUUCUGUGCCUGGGAUUAUCUUAUUGGCAACCCUGAGGCUGCAGAGAGCAAGUCUGCUGCCAUUGUGAACAAUAUCAGGGAAGCUAUACUGGAAGAGCAAGAGAAGAAGAAAAGCACAAAUAUGGGAGUGACAAUCACCUUAAGGAUCAUUGCAAAUAUCCUUGUGCUUCUUUCGCUUGCGGGAAGCAUUUACAUCAUUUACUUUGUGGUGGAUCGAUCCCAAAAGUUAGAGCGGACGAAAACGGAGUUGACUCUCUGGGAGAAGAAUGAAGUGAGUGUUGUUGUCUCGCUCAUCACGAUGCUUGCCCCGUCUGCCUUUGAACUAAUAGCUGCGUUGGAGAUGUACCACCCAAGAACCACUUUACGGUUUCAGCUUGCCAGAGUUCUUGUCUUGUAUCUGGGAAAUCUCUACAGCUUGAUCAUUGCCCUUCUGGAUAAAGUUGACCUCAUGAGCAUUGCGGAAACGGAAGUUCACAACAAUGGAAACAACACUUUGGAAGCCACUAACUUCUUAGCUACACAAAUGGUUUUAGGACACAACUUUUCUACAGCUGUUCCCAAUGGACAUCUGAUGAACAGUACUUUCCUUCUUGUUGGGAAUCACACUCAUAGAAUUAGAAAUAAUGUUCCAGCGAAUGUAAACAUGAUCAAUAAUACAGCACCUCCUGAAUCCAGCACCCAAAGUCACCAGAAUCAAUGUUGGGAGACCUACGUUGGUCAAGAAAUGUUGAAGCUGUCCAUCAUUGAUAUGCUGUUCACAGUGGCAAGUAUCCUGUUGAUUGACUACUUCCGUGGGCUUUUUGUUCGAUACUUGAGCGAUUAUUGGUGCUGGGAUUUGGAAAGCAAGUUUCCUGAGUAUGGAGAAUUCAAAAUAGCUGAAAACGUUUUGCAUUUGGUCUACAAUCAAGGGAUGAUUUGGAUGGGAGCCUUCUUUUCUCCUUGCCUCCCAGCAUUCAAUGUUCUCAAACUUAUUGGUCUUAUGUACCUUCGGAGCUGGGCCGUGUUAACAUGCAACGUACCUCACCAGCAAGUCUUUAGAGCUUCAAGAUCUAAUAACUUCUACUUGGCGAUGCUGCUCUUCAUGCUGUUUCUGUGCAUGCUUCCAACCAUAUUUGCCAUUGCCCGUUAUAGGCCGUCAUUUAACUGCGGGCCAUUCAGUGGGCAAGAAAAAAUAUAUGACAUUGUGUCUGACACCAUCAAAGCCGACUUCCCUGUCUGGUUCAACAAAGUGAUGACUUAUGUGAGCAGCCCGGUAGUGGUCCUCCCAGCUUUGUUGCUUCUCUUCAUGCUAAUUUAUUACCUUCAGAGUAUUGCAAGAUCGUUAAAAUUCACUAACAAUCAAUUAAGGAUGCAGAUCCAGAAUGAAAGAACUGAAGAUAAGAAAAAAGUGGCAGCAGUGAGAAUCCCAACCGCAGAAGACAAUGACAAAAGACCAGAGCUGGACAGCGAUGGCCAGGAAUCUGUGACGCCCAGGAAAAAUGGCAGCGUGUUGAAUUAUGAGUCUCCCAAAAACAGGCAAAUACCAACCAUCUCUCAGUCUGUUCAGCAACCUGAAGUACCAAAGCCAGUCAGCCCAAACCUAGGAAAUCCUACCGCAGUUGCUUCCAUACCUGCAGCUCCAAUGCCUAUCUCUCCUCCCCCUCCAACACCUUCUCUUCCCAUUGGAGACAAGCCCAGAAAAGAACCAGUUCCUAAGAGAUACCCCAGUGUGCAUGGGAGUGCAAGCGAACUCUGCCGAGCCAAGGCUUAUACCCCUGCAAAGUACAAGAAGCGCGGAGAUGUCCAUUCAGAACCCCUGUUUAGGAAGAGCAUCCGGCAAAUGAACCCAGAGGCCCGAAGUGCCGCCAGAGUCCCUUCUUUCUCAGGCCGCAGAGCUCACACAGCCCGGUAUUUGAUAGUCAACGAGCACGAGCCUCCUGUGAAAAUCCUCCGCUCGAAUACACAGGUGCCCAGGAAUUACAAAAUAGAUGAAUCCGGCAACGUAGUGGAGCUGUAUCCAAGAAACUUCCGGGGAUACAUGGUUCGACCGCCUCACAGGGUGUACUCCAUGCAUUUCACCGAAGAUGAGGAAGAGGACGAGUUCAGGAGAGGCAUGGCCAAAAAGUCCCAUCACCCAAGGUCUCUCUCCGACCUCCGCAGGGCCCCUCACUUCUACAUUGGCGAGUGCGCCGACAACCCAAUCCUGAGCAACAAGGCCUUGGCCAAAAUGCACUACCGAUCUUGGGAAGACGAUUUUGGGCUUAUGUUUGAGCGGCCUCCACAUGCCCAGAGGAAGAUCCACAUGAAGAAUAUUGACCUGGGCCAGUCCUACCCAGAACACUACAUGAAACCGAAAUCCAAGCACAAACCUGAACCGUCUCCAACUGAGUCGGAUUCUGUUUCUAGCAGUGAUCAGCCAAGUUGCAACGACCAAUAUAUUCAGGUUAUUCACAGUAAAGAGAAGGGUCCGUCUGGGGGAAAACUGAUCAGGAAGAAAUCCAAGACUGCUAUUGAUUUAAACAUGGCUGAAGCUAAUGAACUGAUAUGCUCAAAUGUGUAGCAAAGUGGGGAAAUCAUAACAGACGUAUACCGAUCUCGUGUUGUUAGCAUGAAGAAGCUAUUAUGCUUGUAUUUCAGGAAAAUUAUGGGGGGAGGUGGGAAUCCUUGCAUGUAUGAAGCAAUUUUCUGUCUAUUGGGGUAUGAUAUUCUGAAUUAUAGUGCUGUGAUCCUGCACUGGACAAAUGUAUAUUAAAAUGCAUGUCAAGCUAUCUAUCUAUCUACCAAUAUACAA